UCUCCGGCAGCAUUUAGACACAACGAAAGGAUCAUGGCGGAUGGCCCCAGGUGUAAGCGCAGAAAGCAGGCGAACCCGAAGAGGAACAACGUGACUAACUACAAUAAUGUGGUGGAGGCCGGCUCAGACUCAGAUGACGAGGACAAGCUGCACAUUGUGGAGGAGGAAGGCAGCCUGGCGGAUGGGGCCGACUGCGACAGCACCCUGCCAGACGACGAGCACCCCAGGGAGCACUGCUGGGACCGAGUGAAGGAGGAUUGUGUGUCAGAUGGCGAGGACGAUGUGAGCACAGAUGCCCUGGUGGAGGAGAUGCUCCAGCAAGGAGACACAGCCGUCAUCUACCCAGAGGCCCCGGAGGACGAGCCACCACGACAGGGCACCCCUGAUGCCAGCGUCCAUGAUGAGAAUGGAACUCCUGAUUCGUUCUCACAGCUGCUCACCUGCCCAUACUGCGCUCGUGGCUACAAGCGUUACAGCUCCCUGAAGGAGCACAUCAAGUACCGGCACGAGAAGACCGAAGAGAGCUUCAGCUGCCCUGAAUGCAGCUACAGCUUUGCAUACCGUGCGCAACUGGAGAGGCACAUGACGGUCCACAAGGGCGGACGAGAUCAGAGACACAUCACACAGUCGGGCGGCAAUCGUAAAUUCAAGUGCACUGAAUGUGGCAAAGCAUUUAAAUACAAGCACCAUCUGAAGGAGCACCUACGCAUCCACAGCGGAGAGAAACCCUAUGAGUGCUCCAACUGCAAGAAGCGGUUCUCCCACUCAGGUUCAUACAGCUCCCACAUCAGCAGUAAGAAGUGCAUCAGCGUCAUCUCAGUUAACGGCAGACCACGCUUGGGGAACACCAAAACCCAGACGCAGGGUCCAUCACCAGUGCUGCCCACGCCGCCCUCAGUCCUCCGUACCCAGAUUAGGGAGAAGCUGGAGCACAGCAAGCCCCUGCAGGAGCAGCUGCCCCUCAACCAGAUCAAGACUGAGCCUGUGGACUACGAGUAUAAGCCGACGGUGAUAACGUCCCCGGCUGUGACUGGCAUGAAUGGUGGAGUUUUCAACGGAGGUGCUGCAGCUCCUCUGCAGGGCACAGUGCAGGCUGUGGUCCUGCCCACUGUGGGGCUGGUGUCGCCCAUCAGCAUCAACCUGGCAGACCUGCAGAAUGCUCUCAAAGUGGCGGUGGACGGUAACGUCAUUCGUCAGGUGCUGGAAAACAAUGCCAAAGGCCAGGGGCAGGUGAACUUGGGGUUAACCACUGGAACGCUCCCACCCCCACAGCAGCAACUCAUCUCAGCCAUCAGUCUGCCUAUCGUGGGUCAGGAUGGAAAUGCAAAAAUCAUUAUAAACUACAGUUUGGACCAGGGCCAGCUCACAGCCCAAAACCUGAAGAAAGAGUCUGAGCCGGUCUCACCAGCUCAGACCACCACUGACACCUUCAAGUCUCAGAAACUCCCAGAAGAUCUUACAAUCAGAGGCAGCAGGUCCAAUGAGACCACAGAAAAAGAGGAAAAGACCACUAAAACAUGUCUCCUGUGUGAUGACUGUCCCGGUGGGCUGGAAGCGCUCCAUGCCCUCAAGCACUGCAAAGAUGGUCUCAGGCUGAACGGAGCAGGCCUGGAUAAGUCUGAGUCUGCUGUUGCUGCCCUGCUGUCAGAGGGCGGACUCUGCAACCAGCCCAAGAACCUCUUGUCCCUGCUCAAGGCCUACUUUGCCUUAAAUGCAGAGCCCACCAAGGACGAGCUGGCCAAGAUCUCUGACUCAGUCAGCCUGCCAGUCCAAGUGGUUAAGAAGUGGUUUGACAAAAUGCAGGAGGGUCAGAUAUCACUGGGUGCCCCAACACCUCCCUCAGAGGAAGAGGACACCUGUGAAGCUAACAGUGUGGUAUCUCUGGUCCCAGGGAAGGACACAUCAACUAUGAGCCCUUCUGUGAUCCAGGACAGCCCUACAGAAGCCACCCCAGCAGAGAUCAAUGGUGCUCACAGCUCACCGGCCUCCCCCACACCACUAAACCUGACAGCUGGCGGUCCGGUACCAGCCCAGCCCAGCACUGAGGGACCCCUAGACCUGUCGCUGCCAAAGCCCUCCAGAGAGGAGGCUGAGAGAGUGGUGGCUAAAGCCAGCGUUAACCCCUCCCCUUCCUCUUGCUCUACCAAUGAGGAUGAACCCCUAAACUUAACUUGCACAAAGAAAGAGGCAUCGCCACUCUCAGCCAUGGGCACCAGCCCCGUCGCACUGUACGCCAGCCAGCCAAGUGCCAAACCCCUUGACAUUGUGACCACAAUGCAAUGCCUAAGGGCCCUAGCCACCAACAACAAACAGACUAUCCUGAUCCCCCAGCUGGCUUACACCUAUACCACUACAGCAAACAGCCCUGCGGGGACCGAGAUGCACGAAACCAUCCACCUCAACGGAGUCAAGGAGGAGAAACAGGACACAGGCUCAGAGGGCGUGUCUACUGUGGAGGAGCAGAAUGACUCAGACUCAGGCCCUCCGAGGAAGAAGAUGAAGAAGACGGACAGCGGCAUGUACGCCUGCGACCUGUGCGACAAGAUCUUCCAGAAGAGCAGCUCGCUGCUGAGACACAAAUACGAACACACAGGGAAGCGGCCUCACGAGUGCGGCAUCUGCAGCAAGGCCUUCAAACACAAACACCACUUGAUCGAACACAUGCGGCUCCACUCGGGGGAGAAGCCGUACCAGUGUGACAAGUGCGGCAAGCGCUUCUCGCACUCGGGCUCCUACUCCCAGCACAUGAACCACCGCUACUCCUACUGCAAGAAGGAAACGCAGAACCAAGGAGGAGACCGGGAAAGCCCCGAGGAGGAUAGUGAAGCCCAGGCUGAGAUGGAGGCCCUGAGCCGGGCCCAAAUGCAACACCUGGCCCCCUCCCAGCUGGAUUUGGACGAGCGAGGAAGCAGCACAAGAGAGGACGAGGAGAGCGAGGAAGAGGAGGAGGAGGAGGAAGGUGCGGUGGACAUGGACGACAUCCAGGUGGUGCAGAUAGGUGAUGAAGGAGGGGAUGAGGAGGAAGAGGAAGAACAAGGGGACAGGAAUGAGGAGGAGAUGGAGAGAGUAACAGUGGAAGGGGGAGGAGAGGAGGAGAAGACAGAGACGGAAAUCAAAUCGGAGGAAGAGGAGGCUGACACGAGGCAGGAGGAGGUGCUCGGGAGCGUUCAGGAAGAGGAGGAAGCCAAGCUGGAAGAAGAGGAGGCGAUGGAUACAGAAGGAGAGGUGACAGAAGAGGGGAAAGCAGAGGAGGAAGUCAUGGAGGAGAACGGAGGCGAAACAAACAGGAACACGGUUUCUGAAGACGAGAACCAGACGCCACAGGAGAAAGGAGAUACUGACUAAAAGAGGAAGCAGACUCCUCCAUGAGACACAAUCAGAUUCCUCCUCUCCCUGUGCAGUGGAAGAAACGCAGGAGAUAAUGUCUGGUCGCUCUGACAGUUCGCUUCAGUUCACUACUGUGUAGAAAUCCAGGUGUGCCUGAAAAAAUACUAGUGACUUUUCCACAGGAGAACGAUUUCUCACUGUUAGAAAAAUCCAUUUGUAAAGAAAAAGAUGAAGACGAACAUGAAUUUUAACAAAGGAAAUGCAUUAUACAGACUUUGGAAGCUAGAGCCGACAUGUUUUAGAUAAUGUUUUAUUACUAAAACACCUUGGGUCAUUUCUUUUUAUCAGUGUUACUAAUUUUAUCACUCAUAUUUUAACCUUUAAAAGCUGUACAGUUGGGAGAUAUUUCUAUACCUUUUUAUUGCCAAUGAACAAAAAAAAAAGUCAGUAUUUUAUUAAGUUGGAAGGAAAAUGAGAAAAAUCCUGUGCACUACAAGUGGCUUGGUUUACCUAUGGAUUAAGCAGUUGAGUUGUGUUGUCUACCCUUCAGUAUUACCGCACUAGAUAUACCAUGCCAUCACGCUAGCAGACGUUAGCAAAACUUUUCUUUUGGUGUUGUUUUGAUUGGACUGUGAGCCUUAAGAAGAAAAACAGUGGAGGGAGGAUGGGUCUUUUCAGCUGUUUAGUUCCUUUUAGACACAUUGUUGUCAAAGUAUCUUUUACAAAUCAGUGUUUUACAGGAAUAAUUUUACAUUUUGGGAAAUACGCUUAUUUGCUUUCUUUGUGAGAUCGAUACCAGUUUCAUGCUCGUACGGUGAAUAUAUGGCUGCAGCCUGCAGUUGGUUAUCCUAGCAUGAAGACCAGAAAAUGGGGAAAUAUGCUAUUUCCUGCCUAUCUACUGCUCCACACACAGUAGGUAGCAGCGAUGCGCCUGUAAGCUGGUUUUGCCAAAUGCAAAUAAAACCCAAAGAUGAAGACGAAGAAGAAGCUAGCUGAAGUUCAUGUUAUAAGCUUGCCUGUUUAAUCCAUACGAAAACCAAACUGUAUAAGCAACAAGUUGGGGUUUUGAAGGGGGGGGGCUGCGUUACAUGCCGGACAGAUGUGAGAGUGGUAUCGAUCUUCUCAUCUAAGUCAAACCAGCGUGCUUCCCAAAAUGUCAAACUAUUGCUUUAAAUGUUCAGAGCGAGCAGAAAGGAGAUGUAGAAAACUGUCUGACCCUCCCUAUACCUAACCGCCCCCAUACCCCCACCCCCCUUCUCCGAGCCUUAUGCAAAAAAAUCUAACUUAAAACAAGAGAAACAUGCAUAUCAAAAGUGCCACAGAAUAUUGCUGUUGAAGCUUAGCAGCUAUGAUCAGGUAUUGCCGGGUCCCAGAUCAACCUAUAAGCCGGAAUACUGUUGACUUUGGCUCGCCACCACACCUGAGAGAGUAGAGUUUAGCCUACCACAUAUCCAUGUAUAAUAGACUUUAGAUGACUUGCUUUCAUUUCUACUCCGAGCAACUAAAAGAGUUCCAAUGCACAUGUUUUCAAAUGGAUGAUGAUGAAGUAUGAUUUCUAAUUGUUAACUGUGUCCUGCCUUUUUUCAAAGCUUAUUCAGUGCACUUGUUUAACACACCAUGAAACGCUCAGACGUCUCUUCAGGUAACAAAAUGUAGGCAAACAUGAAUCCCAGGAGUUUGAUUCUACAAAUUUUUUUUUUUUGUUUGUUUUUUUUUUAACCUGUCAGUAUUAUUUUUGUUUCUUUAUGUUGUUUUAUGUUCUGUUUCAGUGUGUGUACUGUAUGUUUUCAGCAAUGGCAGUAUUAUCCCCACCCCCAACGAGAUGGGUAUGUCUGUUUAGUCAUAGAGAACUUUUAUAUUUAUGUGUCUUAUUUUUUAUAUUUCUUUAUGGUUAUUUAUUACACUAUGUAGUGUACAAUACUGUAGUUUGUAUUAAUACGAUAAUAUAUUUUAGUAUGGAAAAAAAGAUUCAAAGGCAAAUAACUACAGGCCUGGAAAAUGAGACUCCGGCAUACUGAAGUAUGUUUUUCGAACAAACAAAAUGAUGUUUUUCCUUGGGAAAAAAAGAAACUCGCACCCUGCAAGCCUGAAAAUUGGAACCUGUGACCUCUCUCCAUUCUCAUGUUAGUUUAGUUUUCUUUCCCCUCUCUAAUAUAAAGCUACUGAACUUUUGAAAACUAAUUGUAUGUCUAAUAGCAUGAGUGUGUGCUGUUGUAUUGAAGGAUGAUGCUUAACCACACAAACUGUCCUUUUUGCCAAGCCAAAAUAAUAUUGACGUAUGUUCUUAUGUUUUUAUUUGUGCCAAUUUGUUACUUUAUAUGUCAGUGUCAAGACCACGCCCAGUUUUAUAUGCCCCCUCCCCCUUUAACACCCUCAUCUUUUUUUUAUAGUGAUUGUUUUUGUUUUUCUUUUUUUGUUCUUUUUUUUAUGACUCCCCAUCUCACAAUAAAAUACAUCAA